AUGAACUCACCGCCACCAAAUAGCAAAUCAACUGAAACUCAAUUCAAAUUUGGACUACUGAAAGUGUUAAGAAGCAAUUACUUUGCAGAUGUGGAUAGGAUGACAGAGGCCCAUAAUUAGGGAUUAUUUGUAAAAAUCAAAAAUAGAAAUAGGAAUCAAUUAUUGAUGAGAAAGAAUGGUUGAAUUGUGGUAAACCUAUAGUGGAUAAAAGACCUGUUCAUGAAGCUAAAAGAGCUAAUGAAAAAGAAGUUUAAGAUGAAGGAGAGGAAUAAAGAAAAUAAAGAUUAGAGAAUUUGAAUUUGUAUUUAAUGGAUGGUGUAUUUAAGGCAGGUGAAGAGAUGGGAUUAUAAGAGUGGAAUAAAAGAAGAUUGGAAAAAUCUUUAAUAUCAGAAUAAAAAUUUUAUUAUUUCGAUGAUGAUGGAAAUCUAGUUGCAGAUAGAGAAUUUUUUGAAGAGAAAAUAUAAAGAUUAUUUCUAAUUGAUUUUGAUGAAAAUCUGGCAUUAUAAACACAUUAAAGACCUGCUUCAAGAUGUGCAAGAGAAAAUCAAAAUAAAUAGUUACCUUUUAGAUUAGACAUUUUUAUUGGAGUAUUACAAUUCUCUUAUCAUCCUUAAUUUUCAAGGGAAGAUUAGUAUGUGGCAGAUCUAAAAUAUCUGAUUAAGAAAUAUCGAAAGAGGGCUGAUUUGGCUCUGAUUCCUCAUUACUAGAAGACAUUAAAUAUUUUAGAGAAAGAAACUACAGAGUUGUAAAGUAGACCUGAUGAUACUAAGAUGGAGAUGGAAAUGAUUUAGUUGGAGAAAGAAAGAUUAAGAGAGGAAUUAAGAAAGGAGAUAGAGACCUUAUAAAAAUUGAUGGAAUAGAUAUAUGCAAAAUGGGAUACAAUAAAAGAGGAAAGAAAAACAGUUGGGGCAAUUUCAUCUCCUUAUAAAUUAGGAGUCAGAUUUUACAAUUCGACGGAUAAUACUAAGGAAGUGGAUUUUAUAUUAUAAUAAAUAGAAAUUAAUAAGGAGAGUAAUAAGGAUUAGAUAAUUAGUAAAGCAGAAGAAGGAAGAAGAUAAACAAUAAAAAGCUUUAGAGUUUAAUUAGAAAUAGUAAUUAAUAAUUAGGUAGUAGCUUAAACAAGGAAAGUAAAUUUAGAUUGGCCAUCUUUUGAAGCUAGAAUAAUGGAGAAACUUUAAGUGUAUGUAUUUACAAAACCAACAAGUGUUAAAUUAAGAAUAUGGAAGGUUCAAUUGAUUAAUAAAUUAAUUGAUGAAAUUGAGAUAGAAUUACCAGGGGAGAAAUCUUAUGCCAUAACUAGUACUGGAUUUGUUUUGAAGGAAGCUUAUUUUGCAUAAGGUAGAAAAACAAUAAGAGAAUCUCGUUAUUAAGAUUUGAUAAGUUAAAACAAUAAAGCUUUAAAUUAUAAAUCAACUGAAGAAGAAUUUGAAGGAUUUAUUUCAUUUCGAACAGAAUGGCCAGAUUUUGGUCCAAAAAUGCCUCCAGAAAGUCUUGAUAUGCAAUAUCAUUAAUUGGAGACAAAAUAUGAAGAUGAAUUAGGUGAUGCAGAUGAUAUUGAAAAGAUGAUUGUUGAUGAGAAAUACUUUGAUAUUAAUGAUCCUAGAAAUGAAGAAUUAUAUGAAAAAUUAACAAAGAAAUAAGAUAAAUAGACAGAAGUGAUUUCAGGAGAAUGUGUUGUUCCAUAUUCUCAUAUUAAGAGUAAAAGAUAACAAUUAUUAAAAAUGAAAUUUGUUUAACCUUAAUUGAGUAAAUAUAAGAUACCUUUAUUGGAAUAAUAAAUCGAAAGAGAUGGAGAAUUAAUUUAAUUUUUAGGAGAGGAUGAUGAUUAAAUGGAUUAUGAGAAAGAAUUAAGAAAUUAAAAUAAGGAAGAUUAAUUUUAGAUUUUAGGAGAUUAUAUUAAUGAUGAGGCAACUAAAUAAAGAUUAUUGACAAUCUAAAAAAUAUUGUAAGCAAGAAAAAUAGAAGCUAAAUUAAAAAGAGCUAAAAAUUAGAGUGGUUUAAUCUCUAUUGAAAAUGUAGUAAAUGAAUUUCAUUUUGAAGCAGCUGCAUCACUUUUAGCAGAAUGUAUCAAAUCUAUAUUUACUAAAAGAAGAAAGUUAGGACCUUAAAAAAGAACAAAUUUAGAUAAGAAAAAUCCUACUUAAUUGUCUGAAGUUUAAAUAAGUGCAUUAGUUAUUUAAGGAAAUAAUGUUCCUAUCAGAUCAUCUGAUGUUAGUAAAUUAUUAGAAGUAAAAUAAAAAUUAAAUUAAUAUAAUUCUGUUAAAGAAACUAUUGAAUUAUUAGGAAAGAUCAAAAAAGUUAGUCCUAUUAUUUAAGUUACAUUAGAUAUCUAAUCAGAUAAUGUUAGAAUUAUUAGAAAUAUUGAUGUUCUUAAGAAAAAAUAGAAACCUUAAUUACCAGGUUAAUUAUAAGCAUUUGGUUAGUAAGAAGAUGAUGAAUAUGAGGCUGAUAUUGAAAGAUUAAUAAUUGGCAAAAAAGAUGAUUAAUUGACUUCAGAAGUUGAAGGAGUUAAUCCAGAAUGGAAUGAACUUAUUGAUUUUAGAAUUGGAAGAGAAUUUAAAUAAUAAUAAUUUGAUCCUGAAGAUUUAAUUAAUUCUAGAAAUAAGAUCACAUUCACUUUAUUUGAUUAAAUUGGUUGGUUCAAAUAAAAAGGUAUGAACACUUAAGAACAUACACUUACAAUUACAAGAAGAUAUAUAGGAUCAGUGACCAUACCAUUAUUAAAUUUAUUUUAAUAAGAAAAAAUGAGUGGAAGAUUUAGAAUAAAUAGACCAUUGUUUUUGUUAAAUUAUAGAACUUUGAAUGUUGAAAAUUUCUUAAUGGAUUAAAGAAAUUAAACAUAAUAAUAAAAUGAAUUAUAAAGUAUAAUUAAUUAAAAUAUAUUUAGGUUUGCAUAAUAAUUUUGAUAUUAUAGAUCCACAUAUUCCAACAACAAUAGAAUUAACAAUGACAUUAGAACCUUCAAUAAAAGUAAAUGAAGAUUUAAGUGCAACUACUUAUUUUCCAGGAGCAGAAAGUACUAACCUAUUUUUGUACGGAAUUAGAUAAUUGAAUAGAUACAGAGAAUAAUAUAAAGAUCGUUAUAUUAAAUUUUGGGCUGAAAAUUUAAAAGGAGAAUCAGUAUUUUUACCAAGAUUUAUAACUCCUUUGAAACCACCAGAAAUAGAUUUUACUGCAAAUUCAAUAGAAAAGGCAGCUAGAUAUGUUUCAUUAAUUCCAUUUAGAAAUGAUACUGAGGUAUUUAGAGAUUUACCUGAUAUUUAUUGUAAUAGCUAAGAAUUCAUAGAUUUAAGAGCAGGAGAUUUUGAAGAACAUGCUCUUUUAUUGUGUAAUUUCUUUAUGUAUAUUGAUGAGAAAAUAUUAAAAAGAGAUGAUAUUAAAAAUUAUGUAGUAAUGGGUAGAGGAUUACCUGAAGGCAAAACUUAAUAUGUAAUGAGAAGAUUCACAAAAUCUAAUUUUGUGGAAUUAUGGAAUCCAUAAACUGGUGAAGUAUUUGUCUUUCAAAAUUAAGAAUAUAUUAAAACUUUAUUUUGUUUUACAGUAUCAAAAGGAUAUAAAAAUUUAAAUGAUGUUGAUGAUGAUGCAUGUCCAUUAACAAAUAUAGGAUGUAUUUUUGAUAAUUAAAACAUAUAUAUUAAUAUUCAAAAUACAGAAACUCCUAGUGAAAUGAAUUUUAAUAUUGAAGAUACCCAUUUUUGGGAACCACUUUUAAAUAAUGAUUAAAUAAAAGCAUUUUUCCCAAAAGGUAUAUUACCAAUAUCAAAUGAACUUGUAUUUGAUGUUCCAAGUGUUGAAAGAUCAAUACUUGUUUAAGAUGAAUUAGAUAAGUUUUUAAAGAAUAAAAUUAAAGAUUAUAGAUUUGAAGAUCUAGGAUAAAAGAAAGCUCACUUUACUACUACCUUCAAUAAUCAAAAAUAUGCAUAAUUAACUGAAUUUAUAAGGGAUAGAGUUUUGUUUGAUUUGGAAUCAUUUAAAUUUAGAAUUAGAACUACUGGAUUAGCAGUAAUAUUAAUUAUUAUUUUAGAGUGAAUAUGGAGCCUAAAGAAAUAAUGAAUAAUAAUAAUAAUAAUAAGAACAGUAAAAUUAAGAAGAAUAAGUACCUUUAAAUCAUGAAAAUAGUCAAUAAUGGACAUAUUAGAAAUCUUUGGAUCAUUUAAAAAAAAUAUAGGAAUAGUUGAUUAGACAAUAAGUAUGAUUUGUAAAAUAUUUAAGGAAAAAUAUGUAAGAUCAAGUAAAGAAAUGUAUGGAUUUCCUCUGAAUUUCUCAUUUGUUGAUUAUGAAAGAGCAUGGGAUGAAAUCAAAGCUACAGGAAUUGCAGAUAUUAUGAGUGAUGAUAUUGAAUUUCUUUGCAUUACUAGAUGCUUUCCUUAUCCUCAUUAUGUAUUAUCUACAUGGGUAUUUAUUGCAGUACUCUAUAAAUCAAAACCAGCUGAUAUGUGAU